AUGCCGCAAACCAAAGCAACGAGGAAGUUCGAGAAGAACCGCCUACCAGACUUGCUCAAGAAGCGGAAAGAAGUCGCCAAAAUCAAGCAGAAGCAGCAGAUCAAGGCCAAGCGGAAAGAGAGAAAAGCCAAGGACAAUGAGCGCGCUGAGGAUGUCGAGGAUGCGAAACCUCGGCAGGGGAAGAAAGAGGCUGGUGGGAAUCCGUUUGGGGAUAUGAGUGUGGACGAGUUCUUCCAGGGCGGCUUCGACAUACCUGAGGACCCGAAAAAGAAGGGCAGGCAGGGCGCAAAGCACAAGGAGGUUCCUGCGAAGACGGGGAAGAGGAAGCGAACACAGGGCGAGGAAAACGAUGAAGCAGCUUCUUCGCCAGCGAAAUUUGGGGAAGAGGAGGCCGCGGCAAGCGAUGCGGAAACAGAUUCGGAAGCCGACCUUGGCGUACACAAGCAAGAGCUCGAUGCGUUGGCGAAGAAGGAUCCUGAGUUCUUUAAGUACUUGCAGGAGAACGACCGGGAGCUACUCGACUUUGAAGAAGACGCGGACCUUGCUGGUAUUGAUGCGCUGAGCGACAGCGGGGAUGAGGGUGCGCCUAAGAAGAAGCAAAAGAAGGACAAGAAGCACGACGAAGAGAUGGAAGACGAUGCAGGCAACGAGGUCACGAAGGCUAUGGUUAAGAAGUGGCGGACGGCCAUGACGGAACAGCGCUCGCUGCGUGCCACAAGGGAGGUCGUUCUGGCUUUCCGUGCAGCGGCGCAUCUUAAUGAAGAGGAUGACAAGCAGUACAAAUACUCCAUCUCGAAUCCGGAUGUCUACCAUGACCUGCUCAUUGCUGCCCUCACCCAUAUACCUGAAGUCCUCCAACACCACCUACCCGUCAAGGAGACAGCAGCGGGAAAGAUCCGCCUACCCUCCGAUACCAAAAAGUACCGCACCCUCACGCCUCUCCUCAAGUCGCACACCGCCUCGCUCCACCACCUUCUCGAAAACCUAUCCGACACCUCUACCCUCAAGCUCACACUAUCCUCCCUCCUCCCUCUCCUCCCAUACGUCCUCUCCUUCAAAAAGGCGCUCCGCGACCUUGCCCGAACCGCUGUCUCCAUCUGGUCCGCCUCUUCCUCUACCGACGCUACCCGCAUCUCCGCCUUCCUCGUCCUGCGGCGCCUGAUGGUAAUCGGCGACCCCAGCAUCCGCGAAGCAGUCCUCAAAGCCGUCUACACCGGGCUCGUCAAGUCGAGCCGCGCGACGACAGUGCACACCCUAGCCGGCUUGAACCUAAUGAAGAAUUCCGCCGCGGAGCUCUGGGGUCUCGACGCCUCAGUCGGCUACACAACCGCCUUCGGCUUCAUCCGACAAGCGGCGAUCCACCUGCGGAACAGCAUCACGAACAAGACCAAAGACAGCUACAAGAACGUGUACAACUGGCAGUACGUGCACUCGCUAGACUUCUGGAGCCGCGUCCUAAGCGUGCACUGCGACGCGCUCAAAGAAGCCGAACGAGGCCGCGAGAGCGAGUUACGGCCGCUCGUGUAUCCCGUCACGCAAGUCACGCUCGGCGCCAUGCGCCUGAUCCCUACGGCGCAAUACUUCCCGCUGCGCUUCCAGCUCGUGCGGAGCCUGUUGCGGCUCAGUAGGGCGACGGGCGUGUAUAUCCCGCUGGCCCCGGCGCUGCUCGAGGUCCUGUCCUCCGCGGAGAUGAAGAAGAGCCCCAAGCCCAGCACGCUCAAGGCGCUGGAAUUCACGACGAGCAUCAGGGCCGGCGCGAGUUACCUGCGGAUGCGCGUCUAUCAGGACGGUGUCGGCGAGCAGGUCGCGGAGCUGCUGGCCGAGUUCUUCGUGCUGUGGGCGAAGAACAUCGCGUUUCCUGAGCUGGCGCUGCCGGUGGUGGUGAUGCUGAAGAGAUGGCUUAAGGAGGCGAACAAUAAAUCCACGGGCAACAAGAAUGGGAAGGUUAAUGGGAUGGUGGCGCUCGUGAUCCAGAAGCUUGAAGCGAACUCAAGGUGGAUUGAGGAAAGGAGGGCGAAGGUCGAGUUUGCGCCUAAUGAUCGGGCGGGCGUGGAAGGGUUUCUUAAGGAGGUCGAGUGGCAGAAGACGCCGCUGGGAGCGUUUGUGGCGGGGCAGAGGACGGUGAGGGAGGAGAAGGCGAAGGUGUUGGAGGAGGCGAGGAGGGAGGAGGAAAGGAAGAGAAAGGAGGAGAGGGACGAGGAGCAGAGGGAUAGGAUAGAGGAAGUUGAUGGCGUCGAGAGUGAGGAGAGUGAUCAGGAUAUGGAAGACGUAUCUGAUGAAGAGGAUGAGGAGUAG